AUGUCAAAUUCAUCUGACAAAGCCCCAUCCCCAGUUGAUUCUGAUCAGGGGCCAUGGCUUGAUGGACAAGACGUUGGCUGCAAAGCCGGAGAGCCAAAUGGCCCAAGCAAAUCGUCUGCUGGUAUCCAAGGCGGCCCCCACGCCGGUGCGGAGGGUCCCAACUCCGCACCCCAAAAGGGAGGCCAUUCUGCAGGCACUGGCAGUGGUCAACACGGUGGGAGCAACAAAGACAUUUCCAAACGGAUACCCCACACUUCCGACGAUACUCAUGUAUUUACACACUUGUCAUACGAGGAAAGAGAGAAUGAGUUCUGGGGCGAAAAGGCACAGGAUCGUAAGAAAAUGUUGCAGGAGGCGCUGAAAACUACUGGGUCAGCUACUGGGCCAACUGCUGAACCAACUGCUGAACCAACUGCUGGAACAACCGCUGGAUCGCCAAUGUCAAUAGUUGGAUCAACUACUGAAUCGGCAAUGGAAGUUGAUGACUAG